AUGGUGAGAGAUGCAGUGAGAGGUGCAGGACGAUUCAUCAUGGCAGUCAUGAGAGUUCUUGUGUUUCUUUUCUUGGUCUUUUCUGUUGAGAGUGCACCAGCUAAAAGGAAAUGCCCACCUGGAUGGAAACCUUUUGGUGUGAAAUGCUACAAAUUCUACUCUCAUGCAGUUAACUGGGCCAGAGCUGAGAAAAACUGUCAAUCCGUUGGUGCAAAUCUUGCAUCUGUGCGCGGUACAGAGGAAAACAACUUUCUCCUGAGUCAGCUUGUGUCUGCUGACACAUAUGUUUGGAUUGGUGGUCAUGAUGGUGAAAUUGAAGGACAAUGGCUGUGGUCUGAUGGAUCUCAAUUUCACUUUACCAACUGGUGCCCUGGACAACCUACCAAUAAUCACCAGGGUAAUCCUGAGCACUGCCUGGAGAUAAAUGAUAGCAAUAACCGUUGCUGGAAUGAUGCGCCCUGUUCAAUCACAAUGAGCUACUUUUGUGCCCAACCUAUGAGACCAUGAAAAAUCAAUCUGUUUCAAAGUACCAUGAUUGUACUACAUGCCUAUACAUUUUUUUUCUGAUCUUAUUCUUAAAACUCAGUAUCUUACUGAACCUUUCUGAAACUUCUCCAAUCAAUAAAAGCAUUU